GGAUCAGACACAUACACACACCCAGACUGAAGAGGAAGAGAAGAGACAAGCAGCUUUGUGUCUGCCAGUGUUUCCUCGACACACGAAGGUUUAAAGAGUCUUUAGUUCGACCUGAAGAGUUCAGCAGGACCGAAAGGAAGGAGAAGGCAUGGCAUCAGGAGAGCAGGUUCAGAGGGAUCAAAUCGCUGAGGCUUCAGUGGAGGGGAUCCAACAGCCCCUGAGGGGAUUGAAUCGGCUUGCUGGUCCACAACAGACAGUGGACCCUCUCAGGGUCCAGAGGCGUGAUCUGAUGAAAUAUUCCUGUGAACUCACACUGGACACAAACACAGCACACAGAAACCUCAAACUGUCUGACAACAACAGGAAGGUGACAUGGGUGGAGGAGAAGCAGCCAUAUCCUCAUCAUCCAGAGAGAUUUGACGACUGUUGUCAGCUGCUGUGUAGAGAUGUUCUGACUGGUCGCUGUUACUGGGAGGUUGAGAGGAGAAGAGGAGGGGUUUCUGUAGCAGUGAGUUACAGAGGAAUCAGGAGGAGAGGAAACAGUGAUGGUUGUAUGUUUGGAUGGAAUGAUCAGUCCUGGAGUCUGAACUGCUCUGAUGAUGGUUACUAUGUCUGUCACAAUAACAGCAGAACAGUCCUCCCCCUCUCCUCCUCCUCUAUCUCUAGAAGAGUAGGAGUGUAUGUGGACUGUCCUGCUGGCUCUCUGUCCUUCUACAGAGUCUCCUCUGACUCACUGAUCCACCUCCACACCUUCAACACCACAUUCACUCAACCUCUUUACCCUGGGUUUGGGUUCUGGUUAUAUGGUGCCUCAAUGUCUCUGUGUUCUCUGUAGGAGGAAACAACUUCCUGUCCUGUGGUUUAAAUGUUGGUGGAGGACGAGGCUUCACUUUGGUUCACAUUUGUCUCAGUGAUUGUGUCUUUAACGUCAGAAAUGUUCUUCUUCUUUGAUUUUCACUUUAAUCAUGUUUUAUCGGAGCAGCUUCAGUUGUUAGUUAUUCAUUUUCAUAAAGGUUUAAAGAUUCAAUUUCAAUUUAUUUAUAGUAUCAAAUCAUAACAAGAGUUAUCUCGAGACACUUUACAGAUAGUGUAGGUCUAGACCACAUACUAUUAUUUACAA